AUGAUUCUACCUAAGCAGGAGGCAGUCGAUCCUGCUACGGUUCGAGAUUUGAUGGCUGCUGCGCAAAAGCAGAUUCAAGUCCGUCAAUUAGAACUUAAUUUCACAACACCUGUAGCAGUACAACAACGUUCUAACAAUGCUCAGCGAUUAGCUGAGCUCAAUGCACGUAUAGCGAAUCAAAUGGGUCAGUUAUUUCAAGCCAGUCAAGAUGAACGUGAAAGACCAAUUCAUGUUAAAAUUGACAAAGACGGUCGUACAAUCGAUACGAGAACUGGAGAGAUUUUACAAAUGCAAAGUCGUAUGCCCACACUGAAGGCGAAUAUUCGAGCACAAAAACGUGAAGUAUUCAAACAAGAAUUUAGUAAAGCUGCACAAACAACAGUCCAUGAUAUGGGUAUUGAUGACGGUGGAAUACAUUUCGAUGCACGAUUAGGUAUGCGUCCGACACUUCGUAACCGUCGUCAACUAUCAUUCAAUGCGCGUGGAAAAUACGAAGAAAUUGCGAAUCGAAUGCGUGCAAAAUCAAAGCUAGAAAAAUUACAGCAAGAAAUCUCACAAAUAGCAAAAAAGACGGGAAUCGCAAUGGAAAACAAAAUUACCGUUAUACAACCGAAAAAGUUUUUUUCUGAAACAGACGUACCUGAUAUUGAAUGGUGGGAUUAUGUUAUACUUCAACAAUCAAGUUACGCAUUGGUCUCAAGCGAUUUUAGUGUAGAAACCAUGCUCCAAGGUAUAACGAAAUUAGUUGAACAUCCAACUCAGUUAAAACCUCCAUCCGAGCCACUCAAACCAAUACUCUUACCUGUGUUAUUGACAAAACGUGAACAAAAAAAAUUAAGAAGACAAAAUCGAAGUGAAGUACUUAAAGAACAACAAGAAAAAAUUCGUCUGGGUUUGAUUCUACCCCCAGAACCAAAAGUUAAAAUAUCAAAUUUGAUGAGAGUGUUGUGUUCGGAUGCUGUCCAAGAUCCAACAAAAAUUGAACAAUAUGUACGAAAUCAAAUGGCAAAACGAUUAAAAACACAUGAAGAAACGAAUGCAGCUCGAAAAUUAACUGCCGAACAACUUCGGGAAAAGAAAUCAAAGCGUUUGGAGGAAGAUACGAGUGGUGGUGUUCAUGUAGCUAUAUACCGUGUCAAAAAUUUGAAUGACCAGGCAAAAAGAUUUAAAGUUGAAACAAAUUGUAAACAAUUGCACAUGACCGGUUGUGUUGUACUUUGUAAAGAUAUUAACGUUGUGGCAGUUGAAGGAGGAUCAAAGCAACAGAAAAAAUUUCGUCGACUGAUGUUACAUCGUAUCAAUUGGAACACAUCACAAAAAGGACAGGUGACAAAUCAAGAUGAUGAUGACAACGAUGACCAAACAAAAGAUAUGAAUAAAUGUGUACUUUUGUGGGAGGGUACAGUGAAAGAUCGUGCAUUUGGAGAAAUGAAAUUUAAAAAUUGUCCAACAGAAAAUUUUGCACGUGAACAUUUUCGUCGACAUGGCGUCGAACAAUAUUGGGAUAUUGCUCAUAAUGACUUUAUGUCUUCAUUUUCCGUUUACGCUGAUUUAUUUCGUUAUGGUUUGUACGAUUCAGUUGUGAAUUGUUUACAAGUAGCAGCAAUUGAUGAACACAGUCAAAAAGUAUCUACAAGAAAAGUAUCCGUACCACAGCAUCAACCAAUAUCUAAAACAUCACCGAUCAAUAAUGAUACUACUAAUAAUUCUCGAAAUGUUCGUACUCGAUUAACUUCACUUGUUCUUUUCAAUGGUGGUAUUCUAUUAUGUGGAAUGUUAUGUUUCAAUUAUUUGAUUGUACCUAUUAUUCUAAAAUUAUUUCAUCUAUUGGCUGGUACAACAUGGAAUAAAAAUGAACAAUAUCAGUCUUUAUUAUUCAUUCAAUAUUUGUUAAAAUAUACAUUUAAUUUAUUUUGGUUAAUACCAGCAUUCUUAAUAUCAAAAAUAGUUAAUAGUUUUUAUUUUCGUGAUAUAGCUGAUCGAGUAUUUGAGAUAACUACAGGAUUACCAUCAUCAAGUCGUCCUCAAGUCUCAAAAAACUACGCACAUUCAAUGACGGAUUUAUUAUUUAGUUUAAUUAUGCAAAUUGUAUUUUUAUUUCAAUCAACAUUUAUCUUUCUCAUACCUAUACCCUAUUUAAAUACAGUAUUUGGUUAUGGUUCAUUAUGUUUACUCUAUUCAUUCUAUGCAUUUGAAUAUAGUUGGAUAUAUAAAGGUUAUCCAAUACGUGAUCGUGUUAAACGUAUUGAACAAUAUUGGCCAUAUUUUAUUGGAUUUGGUUUACCAUUAACACUAUUAUCUACACAAUUAUCAAAAUCACUAAUUAUUAACGAGUGCAUAUUUUCAUUAAUAUUCCCCUUUGCUAUUGUAGCAGCUACAUUAGUCAGUUUCACAAAGCAUAUUAAAGGUCGAACAACAAAAAAGAUUAUUGAAUUGAAUAUAUUUUAUUUAAGUAUUAGAAUAACCGAUAAACUAUUACAAUUGUUAAAUAAACUACACCCGAAUAGUAGACGAAGUCGACAAUUAUAA